AUGGCUGAUACAACUCCUUCGCGGCUAUCUGGCGGGACGCGGACUGAGCGCCUGGCGAGCUGGGCUGCGAAUCUUGAAUUUGAGGAUCUCCCUGAAGAUGUAAUCCAGAAAACUAAGGAUUUCUUUGUUGACUGGCUAGGAUGUACUGUUGCAGGACGUCAUCAUCCAGCUGUCUCGGCCAUUGUACGAUUUGCAUCUCAGAUGGGUCCUUCCAGCGGGAAGAGUGAACUAGUGGAUGGAUCGUUGAAGUUCACAACCAGUCCGGCAUUCGCUAGUUUGGUGAAUGGUGCCUCCUCCCAUGUCGUGGAACAGGAUGAUCUUCACAACCGAAGUAUCAUUCACCCUGCCACUGUUAUAUAUCCCGCUGCCCUCGCUGUAGCGCAAGAGGUAGAUGCCACUGGUGAAGAUUUUAUUGUAGCCUGUGUUGUCGGCUAUGAAGUCGGUUGUCGAGUAGGAGAAUACUUGGGUAAAAGUCACUAUGAGCGCUUCCAUUCUACCGCAACUGGUGGAGUUAUCGGAGUUGCGGCUUGCACAGCACGCCUUUUGAAACUUGAUGCAGACCAAACAUUAUCUGCAAUUGGAACAGCUGGCACUCAGGCGGCAGGUCUUUGGCAGUUUUUGAUGGACGCAACGCACUCAAAGCAAGUGCAUACUGGCAAAGCCUGCUUUGAUGGAAUUUUUGCCGCUUAUACUGCUCGUGAUGGCCUUCUCGGCACUAGAGACAUUCUAGAGGGACCACGGGCAAUGGGUGUCGCACUGGUUCCGGGCACCACAAACCCCGAAGCUAUUGACCGAGAUCUUGGUACCAGCUAUGAAGUCCUUCGCUCUAGCUUCAAAUGGCAUGCAUCAUGUCGGCAUACUCAUCCUAGUGCCGAUGCGUUGCUAAAUCUUAUGAAGAAGAACGGGGUUGGGUUCCAUGAUAUUGAGUCUGUAACCUCUCGCACCUACCAGGCUGCCAUCAAUGUACUCGGCAUGACUGGAAGAGGAGAGACGGUGCAUCAGAGCAAGUUCUCGAUGGGGUUUGUGCUGGCUGUAACUGCCAAGAAAGGCCAGGCGAUGAUCACUGACUUCACAGAAGAUGAUCUGGAGGAUUCCUCGCUGCGGAAGUUCCAACAACGUGUGAAAAUGGAACUAGACCCGGAAAUUGACCGAGCAUUCCCUGAGAAGUGGCAGGGAACGGUCAUCGUGACUACUCAUUCUGGAAAGACGUACACCGAGUCGGUCCAGUUCGCGAAGGGAGACCCAGAACUCCCAUUGACAAGGGAUGAAAUCAAAAGAAAAGCUCAUACUCUCGCUCAGUUUGGCGGAGUCACAGAUACCAAGAAAGUUGACCAGCUGAUCGAAAGAGCAUGGAAUCUGGAAAAAGAGAAGAAUGUCAAUGGAUUUGUUUUCUAA